UCAGGAGCAGCAGCACACAUGAGUUGUCAAACAGGUUUGCCCCGAGCUGCUUGCUGCACAUUUCAAACACUUCCACACCCUUUCUCCUCAGGAGGAACAGCUCAGUGGGCUCGUGCUUAACAGGAGGCUGGAGAGGGGCUCAGCAGAUCCACAGGGGGCUGUCAAGGAAGUCCGAAUGCCAGCCAAGUAAACCUCACCUGAGAUGCUGAUCUCAAUUUCUGCAGAACCGGGAGAUUUAUUUCAGGGUGGCCAAAGAAAAAGCUUUGAACAGAGAGUGCACAAGGACAGGUAAGACCACUAGUUUCACAAGAUGCCUUUGGAGACUCUCCAACAACAACCACUCCGACAACCGGCGACAAAUGCUGUGCCGCCGCGCCUGCGGCCCAAAGGGCCGGUGGGGCCCGACUUCUACCGGCAGUUUAAAGCGGCAGCGGGCCGACCGAAGCAGAGUGCCGUGGAGAGGUUGGAGGCAGACAAGGCUAAAUACGUCAAGAGUCAGGUGGCUCUUUGCAAACCGCAGCCGGUGGUCCGGUCUGAGGAGGCGCGUUCGCCUCCGCCGAACCCCGGCGCCGCAAUGCGGCCCACCAGGAAGACCCCCACCCAGACGAAAACAAAGCCGGGAGAAGUUCAGCUCGACUUGGAGCAUCUGAGCAACCUGAUCAGUGGCGUAAAUGACGGCAGCGUGUCGGAGGACGUUAAAGCUCUGGAUGCCGGCUCCCCUUGCCCCUCAACAGCAGGGGCCCCACAGAAAAAGGAAAGGCCGCGUCCCGCCCCGCGUCCCGCCCCUCGUCCCGCCCCUCGUCCCGCCCCUCGUCCGGACUGGUCCAGUCCAGCGAAGGUGAGAUUAAAGGCCGCUGGACCUGCCAGGGCGGAGAGCCCCCUCUCUUCUGGGCUUCCGGCCGCAAGGAUGGUACGAAGAGUGGACGUCAUGCCUCAGGCGAGCCCCGUGAGGACGCCCUGCCGACCCCCCCAGUACAUGCGGCAGCCCCUUCAGCCCAUACCGCUGCCCUCACAGCAGUUCCCACUGCGCCCGGCUGCUUCGCACCUGCGUCUCUUCCACACGCGGACGGCGGCGACAGGUACCUCCCCCACCCUGAGGCCCGUGGUCGCUCCGCCCCAACCUGACAAUUCUCCCACGGCGCCGGCCGAAGCCCUCGCCCCUGCUCCGUCCCCCCCGAGCUUCCCUCUCUUCCCCCCUCACUCCCCGGCGAUAACCCGACUGUCCUCGUCCAGCUCCAGGAAACGUCCGUCUCUGACCCGGUCCAAAUCGGACAUGAGCGACCGGUGCUCCCGGGCCGGGACGGAUUUGGAGCGCUUCUUCAACCUGUGCGGUUUGGACCCGGCAGAGCUCCAGUUGACCGGAUCCAAUUCUGACAUCGUGUCCAUGGCCCGCUUCCGCAGCGUGAGCGCUCCGGGGUCCGAGUGUGCGGGAACCGAGGAAGAGGAAGAGGAGGAGGAAGAGGAAGAUGCCUCCAACGCCCCACAGCGGGUUCCCUACGGUGUUUCCGUCAUUGAGCGGAACGCCCGAGUAAUCAAAUGGCUGUACGGACUCCGUCAGGCCAAAGACGGUGCAAGUAAGGGCACCGAUUUAUGAGGUGGCUGUAAAUGUACACAAGGAGUGAUGUUAAACUUAAGAACGCUUACUUCAGUUCCCUUUUUGUUCAGAAAUGUUUUGACGUAGUGGUAAGUGUCCUUCCUUUUUUUCUUAGUGAGUAAGUUAAAGUGUAAUCUCUGGUCAUGUGAAUGAAAAGCAUUAAAGACUGAAUGAUGAAAGCAUCUUCUUUGAAACUCAGUGAUGUACUUUUCAGAAAACCGCAGUAUAAACCCCAAAAAUGAUCCAUUUCCGCCGUCUCUCCUUCAAAUGAUGGAGUGUGUGUGUGUGUGUGUGUGUGUGUGUGUGUGUGUGUGUGUGUGUGUGUGUGUGUGUGUGUGUGUGUGUGUGUGUGUGUGUGUGUGUGUGUGUGUGUGUGUGUGUGUGUGUGUGUGUGUGUGUGUAAGCGUUUGGGAUGCGUUGGCUCGUCGGCUGUUCGAUAGUCAGGGGGAGGGGAACCGGAUCAACGGGCCUGUUCUAGGCUGUUCCACGAGAGGUGAGAUGAGUACAUACUGAGUCCAAUUAAAAAAAAAACUCAUUCAUUCAUCCUUGUAGGACAUACGUGCAUAACAUUUAAAACCCGCUGCCAUGCUCCAUUAACGUGUACUUUUAUAUCCUUCCUCACUGGAAAGUCCUGUUUUGUGAAGGAACGGAUUCAUAAUGGUUUCUAUUGUGGUAGUUCCAGUUGAUUGGUUCUUGUUGUACGAUAGGAGCAGCGGCACACGUUCAAAGACGAAGGAGUUGUUCAACCGGAUUUCAGUGUCUAAGUGGGGUUUGCAUACGGAUUUUUGUGGCUGGCAGAAGUCUGUUGUUCUCAGUAACUUCAAAGGAUGAGGUGACUUCAGACUUGAAGGAGUCUGUUAUUUGUACAGAUGGAAACCCGAGCAGAGACGGUCAGCUGAGGGUGCGUUUUCUUUAAAUAUCUUACUUGUUUGUUCAGAUUUUGUAGGGACCUUUUCUGACUGACAUUAUGGCACGUAUUGUAUACAUAUUGUUAGUGGCCUACAGACACUUUGUUCAGAGGCUAAAGUCCAGUUUGAGAAUAAGCGAAACCAAAAGCUGAAUGUUCCAUUGAUGCCACGUGAAAAACAGAAAAGGCUCCAGGAGGAUUUGUCCCCUCAACACUGUCAAAAGUCCAAAAUAAAAAUACCUGUCUACCCACCCGAGACCAUAUUGUGAGCAGAAGAUAUCAGAAUUUUAAAUGUUAUGGUACCCACUUCCGCUGUGACAGCUCAGUGAAAAGAGUGUAAACCAUAAACUGUAUUCACAACAUCUGACUUGAGUUAUUUUUGUUUUAAUAUACAACAGAAACAUUUCCCUCCGCCUUCCUGUUUGUCCUUCAUGCGGGUCGGGGGGGGGGGGGGUGGGUCCCUCUGGAUAGGAGGGUGUGUUAUGCGUCCUCACCCACAGCAUAUCACAUUCCUACUGCGCCUUUAAACAAUUCC